GCUAGGGGUAGAAUAUAGGUGUGUGUUUAUAAGAGAGAGCCCACUUGUGUGACCGUAACAUCAGUCUCUCCUCAUUGAUAAAUCAGGCUAGUCAGAGUUGGAGCACCAAAGCAAUCCUGCUUGCUUGUGUAGGCAGCUACCAGCCUGCCCCCUCUGGGAGGGGGACACUAUGGGAAAUGUCAGGGGUUCACUUGAGAUGGAGGCGGUACCAGAACAGUCAGUACCAUGGUGACAUCACUCCUCCACCGGCAUCUGGGUCCUGAUUGGAUAAGUCCGUUGAAAGGAGGACAGCAUUGGCUUUAGCCACGCCCCUAUCUGCUUGCCUGCCUGUCAUUCUCUUUUAUCCCCCCUCUCGCCUUCACUGACAUAUUAGACCAGCUUAUACGUGCAGAUCAGUCUGUGUGUGUGUGUGUGUGUUACGGCUGCAGGAUCUAGGGGAAUUAAAUCUGGCUUCUCUAGCUCUAUCUAUCUCUCUCUCUCUCUGUCUCUCUCUCUCUACCUGUGAGCAGAGAGAGGGUGUAAGUUGAAACUGUGGGCAGUCCCAAUGAAGUCCCGCCUCCCUCCUGACUGUGUGUGUGUGUUGGGGGAGGGAUGUGUGUGUGUUUGUGUAUGUGAACUGCACAGCGAGGACGGGAGGGAGAGUGAGAGCCUUUAGUGUUCAGCCGAAGUCUGGGCUCUGACGAUGUGGAGGAAUGGAAGGUUCUCUCUUCAACUCUGAGAGUGUGUGUGUUAGUGUGUGUGUGUUAGUGUGUGUGUGUGUGAGUGUAUGUGUGUGAGUGUAUGUGUGUGAGUGUAUGUGUGUGUCUCUCUGGGAGAGGGGCACAGCAGGGCAGGAUGGCCCUAAACCGAGUAUCCCUGCUAUGCCACGAUAUCACCAGGAUGUGGCUGCAGCUGAAGAUGAUGACAGAUGACAUCAUGCAGCAGGAGAGCUGUCGACUGUAUGCUGCUGACAUCGGACCAGACCUACAAAAGCAGUUUGCCUUCCUUUCAGGGGGCCGAGGGGGAAAUGGCAGCCCCAUCAUCGUGUUCCCAGAGUUCCCUGCAUUCGGUGAACUGCAGGAGGAGGAGUUUCACAAUGUGCUGAGUUACCUGACCAGUGUGCCCAGUGUGUCGGCAUCUGGCUUCAUCCUGGUCAUAGACCGCCGGCAAGACAGAUGGGCCGCCGUCAAGGGAACACUGUUACGCAUCGCGGGUUCAUUCCCUGGGAUCUUACAUCUGGUUCUGGUCUUGCGGCCCAACACCCUCCUCCAGCGGACCCUCUCCGACAUCUUCUUCAAGUUCAACAGGGAUGAGUUCAAGAUGAAGGUGCCUGUGGUGAUGCUAAGCUCUGUGACUGAGCUCCACGCCUACAUCGACCGCACCCAGCUGACCCAGGAGCUAGGAGGCACCCAGGAGUACUGCCACGACGCCUGGAUCUCCCACCGCACGGCCAUCGAGGCCUUUGCCCUCAUGGUGAAGACCACGGCUCAGACCCUGCAGGCGUUUGGCACGGAGCUGGCUGAGACGGAGCUGCCCAACGACGCCCAGGCCACCUCGGCCCUGCUGGGCACGCACACCGACAAGAAGGACAGGAUGAAGGAGGACUUGUGUGUAGCCCUGGCCCAGGGGGGUCGUCUCCUGGAGAGCAUCAAUGAGCCUCUACAGAGAGACCCUGACUACAGCAUGAACCAGGACGAGCUGGAGAACCUGGCCACUGUCCAGAGACUCCUGGGACAGCUGGAUGAGACGGAGACGGCGUUUGAUGAUUUCUGGGAGCGGCACCAGACCAAGCUGGAGCAGUGUCUGCAGCUCCGCCAUUUUGAGCACCACUUCCGCGAGGUGCGUGCCCAGCUGGAUGUGAUGGCAGAGAGACUGGCAGGAUUCUCUGAGGUUGGCAUCAGCCCUGGUCACGCUGAACACAUCCUACGAGAACUCAGCAACCAGGAAGAAAAAGCUUGCGAGAUGUUUGACCGGGCCCUAGCCCUGGCGGGGGAGGGAGACAGCCUGAUCUCUGGGGCCCACUAUGCUGAGGACUCCAUCAGGCCCAAGUGCAGUGAGCUGCGGGGGGUGUAUGAGGAGCUCGCCUGCAUCCUGAGGACCAAGAAGACUCUGCUGCUCAGGGCCAUGGAGCUGCACCACUGCCUGGAGAAGGCCUCCCGCUGGUGCGAGGAGGGGAUCUAUCUCCUGGCCUUCCAGCCCGUGGACCGCUGCCAGACCCAGGAUGGCGCCCAGGCUGCCCUACACGAGCUGGAGCGCUACCUGGACACGGCAGCCGAACACACCCUCACCGACCUGGCGGGGAUCUGGAGGGACUACGAGGCGGUGCUCUGCCCCGAGCUCAGGGACCAGGUGGAGAAGGUGUUCCAGAAGCAGGCGUCCAUGCAGGAGAUGUUUGAGAAGAGGAGAGUGAGUCUGAAGAAGCUAGCAGCCAAACAGACCAGACCGGUCCAGCCUGUGGCUCCCAGGCCUGAGGCCAUCAUCAAGUCUCCUGUCUCCUCUCCUGUCACAGCCCACAGGACACGGGAGGAGAAGCUGUCUGAGGAGAACAUACUGAAUGCAAGCAUCUGUAAAAAAGUGGACUCUCUCCUCCAGAACGGCAGCAGUAGACAUGCCUCCCUCUCUGAAGAAGAGGAGAAUCUGGCUGUUCUCAGACGUCAUGUGAUGAAUGAGUUGUUGGAGACAGAACGUGCCUAUGUUGAGGAGCUACUGUGUGUACUGCAGGGUUACGCUGCUGAGAUGGACAACCCAGCCCUGGUUCAUCUCAUCCCUACCACUCUGGUCAACAAGAAGGACAUACUGUUUGGCAACAUGCCAGAGAUCUAUCAGUUCCACAAGAGAACUUUCCUCAAAGAGCUGGAGAACUACACCGACUGUCCUGAGCUGGUUGGUCAAUGUUUCCUAGAGAGGAUGGGUGACCUGGAGAUCUAUGAGAAAUACUGCCAGAACAAGCCUCGCUCAGAGAGCCUAUGGCGGCAGUGCUCAGACUGUGCCUUCUUCCAGGAAUGCCAGAAGAAGCUGGAACACAAACUGGGGCUGGACUCCUACCUCCUCAAACCUGUUCAGAGGAUAACCAAGUACCAGCUACUACUGAAGGAGAUGCUGAAGUACAGUAAGGGGUGCGAUGGUUCAGAGGACCUGCAGGAGGCGCUGACCUCCAUCCUGGGCAUCCUGAAGGCCGUCAACGACUCAAUGCACCUCAUCGCCAUAACAGGAUAUGAGGCCAACCUGUCGGACCUGGGCCGUCUCCUGAUGCAGGGAUCCUUCAGCGUGUGGACGGAGCACAAGAAGGGCCACGCCAAGGUCAAGGACCUGGCGCGCUUCAAGCCCAUGCAGAGGCACCUGUUCCUGCAUGAGAAGGCCCUGCUGUUCUGCAAGAGGAGGGAGGAGAACGGAGAGGGCUACGAGAAGGCCCCCUCCUACAGCUUCAAACACUCGCUCAACAUGAGUGCGGUGGGCAUCACAGAGAACGCCAAGGGGGACAACAAGAAGUUUGAAAUCUGGUGCAACUCCAGAGAGGAGGUGUUCAUUGUCCAGGCUGCGACCCCCGAGAUCAAGACAUCAUGGGUGAACGAGAUCCGGAAGGUUCUUACUGGCCAGCUAAAGGCCUGUAGAGAAGCAAGCCAACUGAAAAGCUCAGAAUCAACAUCCCCAAGCAGCAAUAACUCAUCGGUUUCUCUCAGUCCUUUCAGAAGUAGCCAGAAAGGUGUGAAGAAACAGGAAGAUAAAAAGGCAGAGCCUACAGUACCAUCUGAUUCAAACUCCUCCCCCAAGCAGAAAGAGGACACAGUGACCAGUCCAACCACAGACAGGGCCUCAGUGGCUAAAAAACGCUUUACCUUACAGGGCUUCAGCAAUCUAAAGAGCCAGAAAGACAUUCUUCCCCCUGGUGGUAAAAGUCUAACAUUACCCAUGGUCACACUCUGUCCACCAGGAUCUCCUCUGAGCCCUGACCUCAAAACCAAACACCAGCUGAGAAAGAGUGAUCCUACUCCCUUUGGCUUUAAAGAGUCUCCUCAUGUGUCUCUGAGCAGGGUCAAGUGGCUCAGCACCUCUAGCCUGCUCCAGUCCAAGAGGAGAGGCUGGAACAAGGCUUCCCUCUCAGUAGACGCUUCAGAAGAACAGGAUGGGUACUCCAGCGCUGAGGAGCCCCUGAACUCUGAUGCCGAGGACGAGGGAGGAAGGAAGCUGGCCCCUGGCAGAUACACUGUGGUGGCAGACUACGAGAAGGGAGGGGCCCAGGAACUGUGCGUCAAGAGUGGGGAUAUGGUCCAACUGAUUAGAGAGGGAGAGGACAGCCAAUGGUUUGUGAGGAAUCUGCGGAGCAGCAAAGAAGGCUGGGUAGCAGCAGCAAACCUCCUCACUUUCAUCUCAGAAUCCAAGUCCUCACAGUCUCUCAGCAGCUCAGAGGGAAGUGUGUCGGGCCACCUCAGCACUUCCUCCAGCUGCAGUGAGACAGGAACAUACACAAGCUUCUCUGACAUCAAGCCCUGAGGACAUGCCUCUUCUCUGCUUGAAAACUUCAGAACUGCUUCAUGACACGUGCACUUUUCUACCACAAACACAAACACACACACAGUGUGUUGACACAGUAACAGAGGCAGCUUGGAAUUAAGUAAACGGACAGCUCUAAGUUGGCUCACCAUUCCCUCAGUGUGAAAGGAGGUGUUUACUUCAAACUGCUCUCCACUCAUCACAGCUCUCAGGAAGCAAGGAAGGUGUUUAUGUACACAAUCCCCUGAGUUUGGGAGUGGGAUUGGCCCUGGUUAUAGCAGGUGAGUGAGAAGCUGUUUUUGUUGAAGCAGUGACUAGACUGUCACUGGGGGUGGACGUGAUCUACCGUCUGGCCCCUCCCCCAGUGGUGUGACAGGAGUUUCGGCCCACCUGUUUAUCUCACCUGUCCUGCGUCACCAACCUCACUAACAGCCUUGGCGCCCCCCCCCCUUUCCCUCAUACACACACAGACUGCUAACAAAGAGAUGAGGAAGAACCAGGAAAUUGCACUUAACCCCCUGCCCCCCAUCCCCUCCCUCAGCACGGACACAGAAAACCACACCUCAGUCUCUGUCGUGGACCCCUCGUCUUUCCAGGAGAACCUGUGUGUUGUAAGACUUCUUGUCAUAAGAAGUCUGUCAAAAUGUCCUCAGUCCUUCAGGAGAUAAUGUUAUAUUUAAUGUGUCACUGUUUCCCCAAGGUUACUAUAAACAUGAAGUCAUGUCCAUUGAGAUUUUAAAUAUGUGUGCCUCUUAGUAGGCAGAUGGGUGCAUAACACAAAAACUACUGUCCUAGACCAAGUAAUAAAUAAAACAAAACUUAUAUUAAAUAAACACAUUACUGUCAGCGUACAGUUCCAACAGGGCACAUUAUUUUUACAAUGUAAAUUCCAAGACGUUUAACAUUGUAUAAUUCAAAUCAGAAGAGUAAUAUUGUUGUGUGGAAGGUUUUUGAACUUGCAUGACGACACCUGUACUAUUGCCCCAGAUCUGAAUCCAUGGCUUCCACCCAGCCCCAGGCUGCUUGCAGACAUGAGAUAUACACUUCCUGUAUGAUUGUCAUUGAGAAGGUUAUGUUGCAGAACACACUGAUAGAAAAAUGUAUGUUUUUGAGCUGUAAUCAUUCUCUGCGGUCUUGACUAGGGAAUGUUGUCAGCUCUGUUACAUUACAUAUCUGUCUAUUUUGUUCUUAGUCAAGUUCUCUUCUGAACAAGGUUUCUUUUUGGUCGUUGGUCUUUCAUGGUCAAUUUCAAUCAGAAACCUGAGUUCAGGGAUAGCCUGCCUCACAAUGACUCAAGUCAGAUGAAUCCCACACAAGACCUCUGAGGGGUCAGAUUCCUACAAAUAUUGAAGAAUGUCGUAGUUUCAUGUGGUCUGAAACAACUGUGAAAACUGAACCAGAGAGUGUGGACUCUCUAUGGCAUUAUUGAUCAAUAUGUAAAGGUUAACUUAUUUUAUCAUGAAAUGACAUUUGUACAGAUAUCACCUUAUACCUCAGAUUUGUCUUUGAAUAUAUGUAUAUUGGCUAUGAAGACUCUAAUGUUUUGGUGGAUCACGGUCUUAUUGUGUAUCAAAGAGAUUUUAUUGACUUUUGUGGCAUGGUUCGAAUGUCGUUGUCUAAAACUCCCUGGUGAAAAUUGAACUGUCGUGUCUGAAUUUGAACAAGACACACCAUUUUAAGUGUCUCACCAGACUCAAUAAAGGUUUUAAACAUUUUUUAUAA